AUUGGGCUGAACUCCAAGAUGCCUAGUCGAUUUCCUCCUGUUAUCUUCUACACUCCAAAGGAAAUUGGUGGGCUUGGAAUGCUGUCUAUGGGUCAUAUUUUGAUCCCACAAAGUGACCUUCGAUACAGCAAGCAGACAGAUAUUGGUGUAAGCCAUUUCAGGAGUGGAAUGAGCCACGAGGAGGAUCAACUGAUUCCUAAUCUUUACCGUUACAUACAGCCUUGGGAAAGCGAAUUUAUUGAUUCACAGCGGGUGUGGGCAGAGUAUGCUUUGAAGAGGCAGGAAGCACAGGCCCAAAAUAGACGGUUGACGCUGGAGGAUCUGGAGGACUCUUGGGAUAGGGGAAUUCCUCGCAUAAAUACGCUGUUUCAGAAGGAUAGGCACACUUUAGCGUAUGAUAAAGGUUGGAGGGUCCGGACCGACUUCAAACAGUACCAAGCCCUGAAACAAAAUCCUUUCUGGUGGACACACCAGAGGCAUGAUGGUAAACUGUGGAACUUAAACAAUUAUCGAACUGAUGUCAUCCAAGCUCUUGGAGGGGUUGAGGGUAUUCUUGAGCACACCUUAUUCAAGGGAACAUACUUUCCGACAUGGGAAGGUCUUUUUUGGGAGAAGGCAUCUGGUUUUGAGGAGUCGAUGAAAUAUAAGAAGCUGACAAAUGCCCAGAGGUCUGGGCUGAACCAGAUUCCGAAUAGAAGAUUCACGCUCUGGUGGUCGCCAACAAUUAAUCGAGCGAAUGUGUAUGUGGGUUUCCAAGUCCAGUUGGAUCUGACAGGAAUAUUUAUGCACGGAAAGAUUCCUACUCUUAAGAUAUCUUUGAUUCAGAUAUUCCGUGCCCAUUUGUGGCAAAAGAUCCAUGAGAGUGUUGUUAUGGACCUUUGCCAAGUACUGGAUCAAGAGUUGGAUGCGUUGGAGAUAGAAACUGUGCAGAAAGAGACGAUUCAUCCACGGAAGAGUUACAAAAUGAAUACCUCUUGUGCUGAUGUUCUUCUAUUUGCUGCCCAUAAAUGGCCAAUGUCUAAGCCUAGUCUAGUGGCUGAAUCAAAGGAUAUGUUUGAUCAGAAAGCAAGUAACAACUAUUGGAUAGAUGUUCAACUUCGAUGGGGAGAUUAUGACUCCCAUGAUAUUGAACGCUAUACUAGGGCCAAAUUCAUGGAUUACAACUCCCAUGAUAUUGAACGCUAUACUAGGGCCAAAUUCAUGGAUUACACAACUGACAACAUGUCUAUCUAUCCAUCUCCGACAGGUGUUAUGGUUGGGCUUGAUUUGGCCUACAACUUGCAUUCUGCCUUUGGUAAUUGGUUCCCUGGUUCAAAACCGCUGCUUGCUCAAGCAAUGAACAAGAUCAUGAAGUCAAAUCCCGCUCUAUAUGUGUUGAGAGAGAGGGUAAGGAAAGGUUUACAAUUGUAUUCAUCUGAGCCUACGGAGCCAUAUUUGUCAUCACAAAACUAUGGUGAAAUAUUCAGCAAUCAGAUCAUAUGGUUCGUUGAUGAUACCAAUGUGUAUCGUGUCACAAUCCACAAGACAUUUGAAGGAAAUCUGACAACAAAGCCAAUCAAUGGUGUGAUUUUUAUAUUCAACCCAAGAACAGGGCAACUAUUCCUAAAGAUCAUCCAUACAAGCGUUUGGGCUGGUCAGAAGCGCCUUGGUCAGCUAGCGAAAUGGAAAACUGCAGAAGAGGUUGCUGCACUUGUCCGGUCUCUCCCUGUUGAAGAACAGCCAAAACAAGUUAUUGUGACUCGUAAAGCAAUGUUGGAUCCCCUUGAGGUUCAUCUGCUGGAUUUUCCAAAUAUUGUUAUAAAGGGAAGUGAACUCCAGCUUCCAUUCCAGGCUUGUCUUAAAAUAGAAAAAUUUGGUGAUCUGAUUUUGAAGGCCACAGAGCCGCAGAUGGUCCUCUUCAAUAUCUAUGAUGAUUGGUUGAAGACUAUUUCUUCGUACACCGCCUUUCAAAGACUCAUUUUGAUCCUUCGUGCUCUUCACGUAAAUAAUGAGAAGGCAAAGAUGUUAUUGAAGCCCGACAAAUCUGUAGUCACUGAGUCACAUCACAUCUGGCCCUCUCUCACUGACGACCAAUGGAUGAAGGUGGAGGUAGCUCUUAGAGAUCUCAUUCUUUCUACGCGACAAAGAACAGCGUGAAUACGUCAGCUCUGACGCAGUCAGAGAUCAGAGAUAUAAUACUUGGUGCGGAGAUUACUCCACCCUCUCAGCAGAGGCAACAGAUAGUUGAGAUUGAGAAACAGGCAAAGGAAGCUAGCCAGCUUACUGCAGUCACGACAAGAUUCACAAAUAUUCAUGGUGAUGAUCUGAUUACCGCCACCGUUACUCCGUACGAGCAGUCUCUAUUCUGUUCCAAAACAGACUGGCGUGUGCGCGCAAUUUCAGCUACUAACCUCCACCUCAGGGUCAACCACAUAUACGUGAACUCAGACGAGAUAAAGGAAACCGGAUACACGUACAUUAUGCCAAAGAACAUAUUGAAGAAGUUCAUAUGCAUAGCAGAUCUUCGAACUCAAAUUUGUGGAUACUUAUAUGGGAUGAGUCCCCCAGAUAAUCCCCA